AUGUCUACCCACUCUACCCCUCCGUCAGCGAGGGUAGUAUCCCCUUCUCCUAGUCGCGGCGACUACUGGUUUGAGGAGCUUAUUGCAUCUGAGAACAAUGUGCUGCCCGGUCGAAGCUGGCAGAGCAUGAAGGAGCGAUGGAAGAAGUUCAUAAGGCCCCAGAUAAUGGAACGGUAUAAUAAGCUCAGGGAGCAGGGCCUGGCUCGACCCGUUGAGGAGGCUGUGGAUGACGCUCUUUGUGGAGAUAGUGGCAGUGAUACUACUUCCGAGAGCGAGUCGGAUGAGUCCGACGAUGAUGAUGAGCCUGAGCAAAUUCCGGCUGUGGGUGCCUCUGAGGACGAGAAUAAUGUUGAGGAUGAGGAGGGGGGAGGAGAUAUGGCCGAGGCGGAGCCAUCCCAACAGAAUGCUGCUGCUGCUGCUACUGCUGAAUCUCCGAGCAAAUUGUUAACAGAGGUUCUCAUGAAGCCUGAUGGAGCUCAUGUUUUACAAAUGUUAACUCCGAAUCUCGUAACCUUCGACGGUAAGGCGGUCUCGGAUGGUUGCCUAUUCUACAUCGCGGUGUAG